AAUCCAUUCUAAAAUCCACAUGGAAUCUUCUCUCCUUUUCUCCACUGUUGUGGUGUGUGCCAUUGACUCUUCCUCGCCAUGUCUUCUCACAAGACUUUUAGGAUCAAGCGAUUCCUGGCCAAGAAACAAAAGCAGAAUUGGGCGCCUGGGUGGCACAGCGAUUUGGUUGAAAAUUGGAAUAAAGGCAGGUACAAGUCCAAGAGGAGGCAUUGGAGAAGAACGAAGCUAGGUCUAUAA